GCGGAAGUUACGCACGCUGUCUUCAGACUGUCAAAAGAUCCACAGCGGAAUUGAGAAAUUGCCAAACAAAAGACAAGCACACCGUACAUGGUUUUUAAAAGCUUAGCAAUUCGCCUGACUAACUAGCGUUUUAUCGGACUAUGGAUGACGACGUGCUGACAACUCUGAAACUUUUGAUAAUAGGCGAAAGUGGAGUGGGGAAGUCCAGUCUUCUUCUGAGAUUUACAGAAGACACAUUUGAUCCAGAGCAGUCAGCGACAAUAGGUGUGGAUUUCAAAGUGAAGACACUAGCCAUAGAUGGAAAUAGAGCAAAACUCGCCAUAUGGGACACCGCUGGACAAGAACGGUUUCGAACGCUAACACCCAGCUACUAUCGCGGUGCCCAGGGAGUCAUACUUGUAUAUGACGUUACAAAGCGCGACACCUUCACAAGGCUGGAAAACUGGCUGAAUGAACUGGAAACCUACACAACUCGCAAUGAUAUUGUCAAAAUGCUUGUCGGCAACAAGAUUGAUAGGGAUGACCCUGAAGUGGAUCGAAAUGAAGGCCUGAAGUUUGCGAGAAAACACUCAAUGCUUUUUAUCGAGGCGAGUGCAAAGACCAAAGAUGGCGUCCAGUGUGCCUUUGAGGAGCUCGUGGAGAAGAUCCUCCAAACUCCAGGGCUUUGGGAGAGCGAAAGCCAGGGCCAGACGCUGCGGCUGGCGAAGCAGGAGCAAGGCGGCGCCGGCAGGGCGUGUGGAGGAUACUGCUCCAUUCCUUGAAAGUGCACAAAACAAAGAAACAAAAAAGGACUGCAGUCCAGAACCAACAACUAGAUAAAUCACCUGAGUUGGUAAGAUAGAGGGCAGGGGUGGACGCUUUGCACAUGACACUCGUUUUUGUUUCACUCAAUGGAUCUGGUAAACGUAGCCUUUGGGCCCCGAAAGCAUAGUUAAAGAUGAACGUACGCCAGCGGGUGUGGAACACGCGUGAUCUCGCUACACGACGGCGAACGUGGCGGCGAAGCCGAUCAUUUGAACCGAUGUUUCGGUGACGUCGCCCAUCCUCGCGUGUGCGUAGCUGCACCUUGUCCGCGGUUGGAUAACCUUCAUUUCACCUCUGGCCAUGAAAAGCUUUCAUCUUUUCCACAACACUGUGCAUACAUACACACCUUUUGCUGUUAACUCAGUUAAUGUUCAUUUAAUGGCCUUAUCCAUGAGAUUUCCCCCUUCUUUUGUAUAGUAUCGAAUCCUCAGACUAGUUAAUCAUCUUGGUCUUACAAAAAAAUGUGUGUGCAACUGUAUUGUUAGUUGUGCAAGAUGGACCUUACAAUACAAGACAUGUAUUGAAACAAUGGCAUUUAACUGCUUUAUUGCAAAUGCUUAGCUUACUAUUUUCUUAUUUAUCAUUUAGCCAAGUUCACCAUCAAUCAUUAUUGAAUUAGAUUGGACUUUUUUUUUGUGUGCGAUGUGGUCCACAUUAGUCUUCGAGGUGAUGGGUUCGGACACGAUGGAAGAUCAUUCCCAAGCGCUUUCUGUUCUGCUGUGUAAACAUUUGUUGUACUGGCACCAUUUUUCAUUUAUCCCAAAACCUUUCGGGGAAUGUCGCCGUCUGAAUCGUAGUUUGAAAAGCAAGCGUGUCACAACGAAUCCUGCCUUAACAAAGGUUGACAUUCGCUGUAGUUGCAGUGUUGUCAAGAUUGUACUGUUUCAAACAGAAAUAAAUGACAGUCUCGGGGUGCA